GGCUAACAGGAACAGCCCGGCAGGGUCCAUCUCAGACAGACGCGGAUGAUGCCAGAGCUAUGACAGGGAUUGCAGUCUUGGCACCGAGGGGUGAUCAAUUAUGGAACAACUACAGGAGGAAGUACCUGAGAUCAAGGAAGAGGAGGAGGAAGAGGCAGUGAUGGUGGCAAGCGCAGCCGCGGACCCAAGUGGAGGACCAGACAGCUCGCUGCCUUCCAGCAGCUACACGGACCUUUCGCAGAGCUCCUCUCCCUCCCUGUCGGACCAGCUGCAGAUGGGCUGCGAGGAGGCGGCCUUGGGAGCGCUGAACGUGGAGUGCAGGGUCUGCGGGGACAAAGCCUCGGGGUUUCACUACGGCGUGCACGCCUGCGAGGGCUGCAAGGGUUUCUUCCGUCGGACGAUCCGCAUGAAGCUGGAGUACGAGAAGUGCGAGCGGAGCUGCAAGAUUCAGAAGAAGAACCGCAACAAGUGCCAGUACUGCCGCUUCCAGAAAUGCCUCUCGCUGGGCAUGUCACAUAACGCGAUCCGCUUCGGCCGCAUGCCCGAGGCAGAGAAGAGGAAGCUGGUGGCGGGGCUGACGGCGAGCGAGAUCAACUGCCAGAACCCGCAGGUGGCCGACCUGAAAGCGUUCUCCAAGCACAUCUACAACGCCUACCUGAAAACCUUCAACAUGACCAAAAAGAAGGCGAGAGACAUCUUGACCGGGAAGGCCAGCAGCACUCCACCUUUUGUGAUCCACGACAUGGACACCUUGUGGCAGGCGGAGAAGGGGCUGGUGUGGAAGCAGCUGGUGAACGGGAUCCCCCCCUACAAGGAGAUCGGGGUGCACGUCUUCUACCGCUGCCAGUGCACCACGGUGGAGACCGUGCGGGAGCUCACCGAGUUCGCCAAGAGCAUCCCCAGCUUCAUGGGCCUCUACUUGAACGACCAAGUGACUCUGCUGAAGUACGGGGUGCACGAGGCCAUCUUCGCCAUGCUGGCCUCUAUCAUGAACAAGGACGGGCUGCUGGUGGCCAACGGGAACGGCUUCGUGACCCGCGAGUUCCUGCGUAGCCUGCGCAAGCCCUUCAACGAGAUCACGGAGCCCAAGUUCGAGUUUGCUGUGAAGUUCAACACGCUGGAGCUGGACGACAGUGACCUGUCUCUGUUUGUGGCUGCCAUCAUCCUGUGCGGAGACCGGCCCGGCCUGAUGAACGUGAAGCAGGUGGAGGAGAUCCAGGACAACAUCCUGCGGGCGCUGGAGUUCCACCUGCAGACCAACCACCCCGACGCGCAGUACCUCUUCCCCAAACUGCUGCAGAAGAUGGCAGACCUGCGGCAGCUGGUGACCGAGCACGCCCAGCUGGUGCAGAAGAUCAAGAAGACGGAGACCGAGACGUCUCUGCACCCGCUCCUGCAGGAGAUCUACAAGGACAUGUACUAA